AUGGCAGACAAGGUCGUAUCGGCUGAAGAGCAACUCGAAACGCUGAAUUCAGAUCAGCUUGCACUACGAGGCAAACAUGAGAAAGGGUUGUAUCUAUGGAAUAUAACAAUGACGGUGCUGCAUCUGGUGCAAGCAUGUGCUUGUCUCGCGAUUGGGUCGACGUCGGCUUCGCUGAAGCAGUUCAAGCUCCCGCUCACAACAACAUUCGCAGUCUGGACAACAGGCUACCCCGUCCCCACCCUCGUAACCCGUGGCUUAAUUCCCUUCGUCCAAGUAACAUCCGCCUUCUCCUUCCUAUCCGCCUUCUUCCAUCUGCUCGUCCUCAUAUUCUGGGCCCGCUAUGUAUCCCAAAUACGACGAGGAAUCAACGAGUUUAGAUGGUAUGAGUACUCGCUGAGUUCGAGUCUGAUGAUUUUCUUGAUUAGUUUGUUGUUUGGCAUAUACGAUAUAAUCACCCUCGUCAACAUCUUUUGCAUAAACGCAUGCAUGAACUAUUUCGGCCUCCUAACAGAAAAAAUGAACCCCCCAAACCGCACCCACACAGACUUUAUCGCCUUCUGGUAUGGCUCGUUCGCCGGUAUCGUCCCUUGGGUGUCUAUAUUCGCGUAUAUCGGUGGUGUCUCGAGCUCAUCUAUCCCAAGUUUCGUAUGGGCAAUCCUCUUUGUCUACCUCUUCUUCUUCCUGACAUUCCCGAUAAACAUGUAUUUACAGUACUACCGUGUUGGGUGGUGGGCUGACCGAUAUUAUCCUGGUUCGGGAUACUAUUUCGGUGAACGUGUGUAUCAGGUCCUGUCAUUAUUCUCCAAGAGUUUGCUUCUGUGGUUGGUGGUUGGAGGAGCGAACCAGCCGAAUGCCUAUGUUGUUAAAUAA